AUGCUGUCUCAAGCCAGGAUCAUGUUCCGCAAGCUCCGUGGUAGUGGCAGCCGUAGCAGCCGUAGCAGCGAGCCCGCGCCAUCAGCGCCAGCCACGACAGCAGAGAGCGAAAUUGUUGACCCAUUCCCUCGCGCUAUCCAUAUCAGCGACGUGAAGUGGCCACCCACCAAGCUACCCUCCGAUUCAAAGUCCAUGUCCAUUGUAGUCGCGAAUGCCAAAGGUGCCGCCGAUUACUUACUUCUUUAUAGGCUACUCCAGAGAGAGAAGGGUUACUACGAGUUCGACCCUAUGGGCGGCUUAGACGCAGAUUACCUUUGCGACGGUCACGUCUACAAUGUCUGGUUCAGCCCGCCCAGCGUCCUGGGGGGUGGCCUAGCUUACUCCUCCCUCAUGCAGCAUAUCUGCCUCAUCUUCACGUACGACGCUUCGUCGAGGGAAUCGUGGGACGAGAUGGUCGCCGCCUACGAGAGGAUACGCAGCCGCUGCGAAGACGGGGUCUUCCCCUUUAUUGCGACAAUGAUCGCCGCCAUGAGUGAAGGUGAAGCCCUCGUGUCGCACAUAGAAGCCGAGGCGUUUGCAACCCAGCGGGACUGUCUCUUUGUCAAGUUCUCUCCCGCAACUGGGCGCGGCAUCUGCGAUGCGGUCGGCUCGCUAGUUGAGCUGGCGAAUGGCGCUCGUGAUCAAUAUACCAUGGAUCAGGAGGAUUGUACCCAGAGGUACAAGAGGGCGGGGGCAUUGCAGGCAUUAUUUGCCAGCUAUGGAUGCCCAGAUCAAGAGUGA